AUGGCAAAAUUGUAUCGAAUUGAACAAGGUAAAAGUGAACACCCAAAGCCAUACCUGCAAUGCUUUAUCGAUCUUGUACACCAAAUUCAUGAUGCAGAGCCAACAACCGCAGCCAACCUCUUUGUCAAGAGUUUGCAAGUAGGAUCCCUCAUACAUGAAAAUCCCACUAUGACCCCACCUUAUGACAUGGCAGAAAUACAGGCCCGUGCCGAAGGUGUCUUCAGAGUUUUGGAAUAUCGAGAACGUGUAAAGAAGAAAACUGCUCUCAUUUCCAUACCACCACCAAACAACCCAUCUCCCUCGGCUAAAGGGAACGAUAAGAGGAAAAUACAUGAGCCUGAACCUUCGAAGGGGGGAAAGAGACCAAGAACCAGUCGAGAUCCAUCAAGAUUCUCUACUUUCGAAUACACCAUCCCAAAGGAAGUCAUCUACGCAGAGAACAAAGACCGACCCAUCUUGUGGGAACCAUACAAAAUCACCACUCCUCCAGAGAGGCGAGACAAGAACAGGUUCUGCAUUUUCCACAAGGUCCACGGACAUACGAUAUCUGAAUGCCACAACCUCCACAACCAAAUUCAGGCUCUUAUGAGAAAUAGAAGACUGGCUCAGUACAUCAAAGGAUCUGAUAGGACUGGCAUCCCACAACCCAAUAUCGCUCCUACUCCAGCACCCACGAUAACGCCAACCUCCACAAAUGUGGCUUCAUCGAGUUCACAAGAGCCUCUAAAGCAAGUCCCCAUGAUACAUGGAACCAUGGAACCGACCCUGGAACAAGAUGAAAAAACCAAAUACCAGAGGAAAAUGGAGGAAAUAGUGAAGCGAUAUAGAUUACUGGGGCACACCGUCAACUUUGUCAAUGCAGAAGAGAGGUGCUACCCCACUGCUCCAAUAACUUUUACAGAAGAAGACCUGUAG